GUGGCCUCGCGCGGCCCCGCCCUCCUCGCCGGAGACCGGGCAGGCGGGCAGCUGGCGGCGGCGGCGCCGACAUGGCUGCUCUGGUGGAGCCGCUGGGGCUGGAGCGGGACGUGUCCCGGGCGGUGGAGCUCCUCGAGAGGCUCCAGCGCAGCGGGGAGCUGCCCCCGCAGAAGCUGCAGGCCCUCCAGCGAGUCUUGCAGAGCCGCUUCUGUUCUGCCAUCCGGGAGGUGUAUGAGCAGCUCUAUGACACGCUGGACAUCACCGGCAGUGCUGAAAUCCGGGCCCACGCCACGGCCAAGGCCACAGUGGCUGCCUUCACAGCCAGUGAGGGCCAUGCACAUCCCAGGGUAGUGGAGCUGCCCAAGACAGAUGAGGGCCUGGGCUUCAACAUCAUGGGGGGCAAAGAGCAGAACUCCCCCAUCUAUAUCUCCCGUGUCAUCCCUGGAGGCGUAGCUGACCGCCACGGAGGCCUCAAGCGCGGCGACCAGCUGCUGUCCGUGAAUGGCGUGGUCCUUGGAGUCUCGAGGCUGAAACCACAGAUCUGGACCCUCACCCUCACCCCCUCCCCUGUACAGUAUUUAUUGUCACCGGCUCCUUAUUUAAAGAUCUUUGACCCUCAUUGAGUGUCUGUGUAUCUGUCCUGCAUCCUGGGGCUAGAGUGUCUUGAGAUGGUGGGGGUGGGUGGAGAGAAGCUGAAGUCCAGAGACUGCUUUUCAGAGCCUGAGAGCAGAGGCAGAACUUUCCCCCAAGGUCUGAAGGCGGUGGUUGGCCGGCUUCCUAGGGAUAAGUCCAAGGCGGAGGCUGGGACCUGGUC